UCUUCCGCAGGCCACGCUAUCUUGCGCUCCCCGCCUAGGUCCCCUCCGCCGCUAACCUGCGCACCAUCUCCUUCCUCCGUUCUUUCCCCUCUCGCCUCUCUCUCUCUCUCUCUCUCUCUCUCCCGCACUCGAUCGAAAGCGAUUGCCUACGGGUUUGGGACAGGGGGUUUGGGAGAUGUGGUAUGCUCCGACCAUCGAUGAGGCUGCUUUCGUCGCUGUUGAGGCCGUUUGCGGGGAAAGGCAAGGGCGCGGGGGGCAGUGACGGUGCCGCGGGCCGGGAGGGGCAGGAGGGUCUUCUGUGGUACCGCGACCACGGACCCUGCUCGGCGGGCGAGUUCUCGAUGGCCGUCGUCCAGGCCAACCAGAUCCUGGAGGACCAGAGCCAGAUCGAAUCGGGCCCCUUUGGCACCUUUGUUGGCAUCUACGACGGCCAUGGCGGCCCCGACGCCGCGCGAUUUGUCUGCGAUAAUCUCUUCUCUCAUUUCAGAGAAAUUUCAGUUGGACCACAAGGUGUAACAUGUGAUAGCAUUCGGAGAGCUUUCCUAGCAACAGAGGAAAAAUUUAUUGAAUUGGUUGGCCAACUAUGGAGCUCUAGGCCAGACAUUGCAACUACAGGAUCAUGUUGCCUUGUCGGUGUUGUUUGUCAGAGAACUCUCUAUGUGGCAAAUCUUGGUGAUUCUCGAGUUGUUCUUGGUAGAAAAGUUGGUAAUACUGGUGAGAUUGCUGCGAUAGCUUUGUCAACUGAGCACAAUGCUAAUAUGGAGGCUGUAAGACAGGAGCUUAGGUCCCAGCAUCCAAAUGAUCCAAAUAUUGUUGUCCUUAAACAUGGAGUUUGGAGAGUUAAAGGCAUCAUACAGGUUUCUAGAUCCAUAGGCGAUGCAUAUAUGAAGCAUAUGCAGUAUAACAGAGAGCCAAUCAGUUCAAAGUUCAGAAUAGCUGAACCGACAAACAUGCCUAUCUUAACUGCUAAUCCAUCUGUUACCUCUCAUCAUCUUCAACCAAGUGACUCUUUCCUCAUAUUUGCUUCGGAUGGGUUAUGGGAACACCUAAAUGACCAACAGGCAGUUGAGAUUGUUUACAAUCAUCCUCGUUCAGGAAGUGCAAGAAGGCUCAUCAAAGCUGCUCUCCAUGAAGCAGCUAGAAAACGAGAGAUGCGAUAUUCAGACCUGAAAAGGAUUGACAAGAAGGUCCGCCGACAUUUUCAUGAUGACAUAACUGUGAUCAUUAUUUUCCUUGAUCACGAUCCUACAGUCAAAUCCGCACAAGGGCCUCAUUUAUCAGUUAGAAGUGCUUUGGAUCACUGAUCUGUUAACACUGCCAUGGAACAAGGUUGCUUGAUGUAAAGACUACAUGUAGCUGAGACUGCUAUAUAAGAUGAGGAGAUCAAUCUGGAAACUUAUGUGUAGGGAGGUUUCGAUUACCACACAAAGGAUGUUUCCCCCACUUUUUUUUGGAAAAAAAAUGUUUAUGUUAUGUUCUAAAUUAUUGUGCUGUCAGCUAUGUAAUUUAUCAAAGGAGAUAGCCAAUGGUAAUAAAUAUGUUCUCAAUGUUCUAAAAAUUAAAGUGAAGUGCUUUCACGAUUUUCUUC